AUGGCCGACACAAAACUUACCGACCAGCAGGUCGCUGACCUCAAUACCAUACUGCGCAGCGAUUCUCCUCUCGAUGCAAAGGUUCAAUAUGUCACAAUUAUCAAGUCCGGUAUCAAGCAACACAAUGUUCCUGAGGCGAGCGUCGCUCAGCUAUUCGAGGGCUUGCGCGCCGCUACCACCUCACAGCAUGCAGCUCUAGUAAAUGCCGGGUUUACUGCGCUGAAUCACCUCCUCACACGCCUUUCCCGCCAAGAUCCCAAGCUGUUGUCUAAAGAAGCAGCUCGAACUCUACCACUUGUGGUUGACAAGCUUGGCGACCAAAAGGACAAGUUUCGCUCCCUCGCAUCGCAUUCUCUCGUCACUUUGUUCUCUGUUGCGCCAACCGAUGUUGAACGAUCUGUACGAAACACAGCUAUGAUAGGAAAGAAUCCCCGAGCGAAGGAAACUUCAAUGCAUUGGCUAUUACAGAUGCACAAUGAGAACGGUCUCCCCUUUCGAACUUACGUUCCCGUGCUCAUGGAACUGCUCGAAGAUGCCGAUGGAAUGGUGCGAGAUGCCGCGAAGAAUACUGUCAUCGAGCUUUUCCGAUCGGCGCCAAAUGCUGCCAAGUCCGAUCUGAAGCGACAACUCAAGACCUUCAAAGUGCGACCUGCAAUUGAGCAGGCCAUUGUCAAAGAACUGAUACCAACAUCCAGUCGCCCGGAAACGCCUGCUGCUCCGGCCGAGCCCGCAUCGGAACCAGCACCCCGCAAAGCAUUCUCUGCCAGCACAUCUUCGGCUGCUGAGCGUCCCAUCACUCCAGGAGUCGAUACAAAGCCCGAGGCCCUAGAGCCCUUGUAUGUCAACACCAAUCGAGAACUCGACGACAUGAUUAAGGAAAUGGCAUGGUUCUUUGAAGGGAAGGAGACGGAACACAACUGGUUGAAGCGAGAGAAUUCCGUUCACAAACUUCGAAGGCUCAUUGCGGGCAAUGUUACUGAUUUUUCCGAUACCUUCCUUGUCGGAGUUAAGAGCAUGUUGGACGGCAUUAUCAAGGUAAUAACCUCCUUGAGGACCAGUCUCUGCAAAGAGGGUUGUGGUCUGAUUCAAGAGAUUGCCAACACGUUUGGUCCUGCAAUGGACCCUUUGGUAGAACAGCUUAUGCAAUGUUUUGUCAAGCUGUCAGCAGGAACGAAGAAGAUUAGCUCACAACUCGCUAAUGCGACAGUCAACACGAUUCUGAGUCGGGUAACAUAUACUCCUCGGUUGAUGCAGCACAUCUGGUUUGCUUGCCAAGACAAGAAUGCUGCGCCCAGGACUUAUGCUACGGAGUGGCUGAAGACCAUCCUGAAAAAGGAGGGCCACCAUAAGCACCAUAUUGAGCACACUGGCGGCGUCGACAUAAUCGAGAAAUGUCUAAAGAAGGGUCUGGCUGAUGCUAACCCUGCUGUGAGAGAAAAGACAAGAUCAACUUUCUGGGCCUUUUGGGGAAUAUGGCCUGCCAAAGCAGACACCAUCAUGGCCGAUCUGGAUGGCACUGCACAGAAACUCCUGAAUAAAGACCCUAGCAACCCCAAUUCCUCAAAGACGGCAGAGCCGACAGUAAGACCUGGCUUAGGGCUGUCCAAGAGCACUAUGGGCACUGGCAAGCCUAGCAGUAUUCGCGAGGCUAUGAUGGCUCAACGCAAAGCAAAUGCAGCAAAGAAUCUUCCAGCCCGGCCUGGUUCAGCCAUGGCUCAGCUAUCACCUGAAAAGAUCAAUACUAGUGUAUCGAGCGUAUCGAGCAAACCUUCAGGGACUCGAUCACGGCCAGAAACCGGCGGUAUGUCAGGGGCUCCAAUGCGACCGAGCAGGAAACGUCCCGAGAUGGCGGCGCGUCCUGCGACGGCUGGCCCAUAUUCCGUUCGCGACAUGGAUCCUGGAAGUCCCGAGAGUGUCAGGUCCAAGACGCCAAAGCCCCGAGAGACCACUCCUAAGAGGACCGGCCCUCGAACAAGACCUGGGCACGCUUCACAUGCUAGCGAAUCAAGUUUAGCAUCACCUUCUUCUGUAAGAACUGGUCAAAAGUCAGCGGCAUCUCCCCGAGCAAGCCCCACCAAGCUGAAGCAAUCGCAAUCUACUAUGUUGUCCGUGAGCAGUCCUUCAAGAGCUGAUGAGGACUUCACUAUGGUGAUUCCCAACAUGGCCAACUUAAGAGCUGCGCAAAGACCUGCACCGGCACCUCAAAGAGCAUCAUCAGUGCCACCAGAGGCCCCAGAGAUGUUGUCCACUCCAGUGACAGAGACUGCACCACAGAACAUUCCACAGGCUCCAGCUGAGCCAACAUUUGAGCCAGAGUCUAGACCCGAGCUAGAGGCAGUCCCCGCGCCAGUGGUUGAACCUGUGGCUGAGGCGGCAGACCAGACCAUGGAUGAGGUUGCCAAACCUGAAGAAUAUGCUCCCACCGUUCCAGAGCCUAUUGUUGAGCCAACACCUGAGCCAUCGGCACCUAUGCAGGUUGACCAGGCUCCAGCGGCCUCAGCUUCCACUCUUCAAGUCUACGAAGACCCCUUCACUGAUGAACAGACAACCCCAAAGCCGACCUUCAAUCUCCCUGUGCUGGAAGACAAGCCUGUCAAUGCCGAUGCGGCCAGUCUACCCAUUACUCAUGCUCAAUCUCCCGUGACACAAAAUGUGGAAGCUCCUGACAGAACCAAGCAGAGUAUACGACUUUUGGAAAGUGGCAUCACCAGAAUCAAGGCGAAAACUCUCGAUGUGCAUGGCUUCCGAAAGUUGCAGUCUCUCUUACGCGACAGCAAGGGCAUUUUUACCGAUGAUAAAUUUGAAGCUCUUUUGAUUGGUCUUUUCCAAUAUCUCGAGGAUUCCUUGAGCGGGACCAGUCCUGAGAAAGCCCAGGAUAUCAAGGCCCAGAUCCUUGCUACAAUAAGGCUACUAUUGAAAAAGGAACGUGACAAUUUUCAGCCUCAUGUUUCAAGAGGUCUUGAAUCGCUUCUUGAGACGCGCAGUGCAUACGACAUCCGCGCCCACAUUGUCAGCGGUGUUGAAGUGCUUGCUGACGAGCUUGUUACUAUUGGUGAUGGGUCCGAAAUUGUGGUUGUUCUUACAAAGCGUCUUCAAAAUGUUGAUAGUUCUACCACUGAGGGUAGCCGCAUUCUCAGCACCGGCAUGCAUGUAUUGCGAACCAUGCUGGAUAAGAGACCUAACUUUAUGCCUACUGGUACCGAGAUUGGCCAGUUGGCUGCUCUUGCUGGCCGAUGUCUCGCCUCUGCAGAUUCUGGUGUUCGCAUGGAUGCCGUUCAGCUUUGUGUCGCUCUUCACUCAAGGGUGGGCGAGCAGGCCUUCUGGGACGCUCUCAAGGAUGUUCAGGACGACCCCAAGAGCUUGAUCACGUAUUACAUUGUCAAGAGACAGCGUGAGCAAGCUCCUACAAUUGCUGCCUAG